CUACAUUUCAAUUGCAUAAUUAUAAUCGAACAAUCAAACCCUAAGCGUGCCUCUUGCACACAACCAAACCCUAAAGACGCCGACGACUUCCGGCUGUACCUCUUCCUACGAAACACCAUCUCCAUGGCUUCCAUUGAGGAUGUUACAGCAUCCUUUGCUGCAUCUCUUGCUUUGGCUAGUAACGAGAUCAUUGAUCUCUCACGAAGGACCGGGGGUGCGCAGUGCCGCCCCAGGCAAUCAUACUUGCUGACCAAACCUUUGGCAAAGCAACUAGCAUCUCUGAAUGAUUUGAGGCGUUUUUUUUUUUUUUUUUUUUUUUCCCAGAAGGGUUUUGGAUAAGGUAAGGUGGACUUGCGAAAUCCAAAACCGAAAAAAAUUGCACCGAAAUCCAAACUGAAGCCGAAAAAACCAGAUUGAAGAAGAAAAAAAAACCGAACCGAAAUGAAAAAACCGCACCGAUUGAUUUUCGAUUUCGGUCGGUCAGAAACCGAACCGAGAGUUGAACUUAUGGAAGAACGGCGUCGUUUUGAGGACUUGGUAAACCCAAAAUCCAUUCAGCCCCGUUGCCCGACGUAUUCCUCUUAUGAGAGUUAUCUCCGUUGCCGAUCGACUAUCAGACUAUCAGUCUCCGUUGAGGCCGGUGCCUCGCCGGCUCCCCGCUCGGUGCAGCUUUCAGUCUCUCAAAGUCUCUCCAAUUUCAAAGCAAAGUAUCAAUCUUGGCUGCUUUGAGCUUCUCGCAGUUUCAACUUUCAAGUAAAAUCAUCGAAACAGGUGCCUGAGGCUUCUGUAGGAAGAUUCAAUGAGCUCCAACACGACUGACACCAAGAAGGAGAAGAAGGGUCCUACUCAAAUUGUUAAAUUGAAUAAAGCUUUGGCAUUGGCUGAAAAAUGGGUUAGUAACAUGAGUAAAUUACCAGCACAAGAUGAGUCUUUUGAGACAAAGAGUCGACCUGCUAGGCUUGGACUAGGUGCUAAAGUUCCUCGUGCAUCCACAUUUGUGCCUUCAGAUGAUCCCCUUGAAAGAAAGCUAUAUUACAAGUUGAAUGCUCAAAAGAGAAAAGCUGCCAAAAUUGCAGAGGAGUUGGCACCAGCUGCUGCUGAUGGUGAUGAUGAAGAUAAUGAAGACAGCAGAACCAGUGCGUUCGAGAAGAAAAAGAAAGCAGCUAAUCCACUCACCCCACCUUUAGGGAAAAAGAAAAGGAGAAAGUGAGUAUCUCACCAUGAGACACUAGCUAUGUCAUCUUGUUGAAAGUGAAAAGCUUUGGUCCUGUUCUUGUUGUAGCUGAUAUUCAGGAGUACAAAAAACAUUUAUAUUGAUAAGUGCUCUCUAUCCACAUUACACUGAGGGAAGCAGAGAUAAACAAGAUAAGCUUAACUAUCCGUGCCUCCCCUCUUGGAAACAUACUGGCUACAUUUCGUACUAGUUAAUUAUAUCACCCUUUAUCUUAGGCAACAUAUCAACUCAGUAUGCAUUGUUGUUUCCAUCAGUUUGAAAUCUUAUUGAUCCCCUACGAGCUUUUGCAAUGUUAAAAUAAAAAUUUGUCAGUGAUCACAGAUUAAUUAUAUGUAAUAGCAUGAACUGGAUAUAUUCAUUUCGAGCAGAAAUGCUGAGCAUGUGAAACAAUUUAGCAGUGGGCCAGAAGUGAAGUCAUUAAAUACAAGAAAAAUUGAAACAAUCAAAUACAGUAGUAGUAGCAGAGAGUAUUAGAAGCACCAAGUCAAUACAAUUAAAACUUACAACCUAGACAAGUUAGCACGCAGCAGCCUUCCAGUCAAUCUGAAUAGCUGGGAGAUCUCUGAUUUCUGAAGCGAGUCCUAGGUUAGUAUCAGAAUUUAACUCUGUCCCACAGUUCUCUACCCCAAAGAAUCGCUUAUUUCUUUCAGUCAAAUAACCUAUGAAUUUGUUAGCCUUUCCACCUUGCUUUUGAAAAUAGCAAUUAGCUGUAUCAAUUUGCAGCCCUGACUCCCGAGUCCUGACAAGCAUAAAAACAAUCUAUUGUUUUGACAGUAUAAUGGACCAAAUUAGAUUUGUUGGUGAAGUCAUCUGCUCAUUGCAAAGGAGUGAUCGCCACCUCCUAUUUUCCUACUUCCAGUCUUUUUAUGAGCUUCUUAGCCUAGGAUAACUUCUCAGCACUCUGUGACAGCUGUACCAUAACAGUGAUGACUUCAUUGGUUGCUCUCUCAUUCUAUGGUGCCAGCCAGUUCAAAUUUCACUGGGUGGAGCGAUAUGACAUACUUCUUGUAGGAUCUGCACUCUGUUUGGUGGGAAUUUUGACACUUAUUUUUUGUGAUCAUGAUUAUGAUGGAGCAGGAGGAUCCAUUGGAGAGCAUUUGCAUAGGAAAAUCAUUGUUCACUGAAGGUUCUUGUCACCUUUCAACGUGUAUGUUGUUGUGCCUACAGAUUACGGUUGGAGAUUGUUGCUCCCAUAUGUAUUGACCACUGCGGCAACUGCUCUUUCAAUGUGCUUAGCGGGUAUUAAGAAUGUUUUGUUCAAUUUGUUUAUUAUGAUACUAAUAUAUCUAACAGUUUAUCUUUCUGUGUUCUUGGGGGGAAGUUUGUCUUUGUAUGUAUAUUCUCAUGAUUCAUUUAAGAAUUGAAACUAGGGUGCCCCCACCCCACCUCUUUGUACUGAAACUUGGAUUUUCAUCAACAGAAAAAUCGAAACAACAAACAUUGAAAAAUAAAUUGGUUUGUUUAUAGUAAUCACCAGAAUGGAAUCUAUCGACAAAACUGAAAGAUUUACAAAUUCUAACAUUUGCUGUCAAAGUAUUAUUUCAAUUGUACUAACAGGUUAAACAUCAAUAAUAAUCUAUGCUAUGACUUUUACUCUCCUCUCUCUCUGCUCUGCUAGGGUUAGGGUUUCGAGUACACAACGUUGUGCGGCGUCUUACCUUCAUGGCUGCAGCGAUCGCAUCCAUGACUGCCAGACUUGCGACUAAAUUGUCGCUCAAGGAGGGAGAAGAACCAGUUGAUUUGGGGAAUCUCCGAGUUCCGGGGAAAGAAUUUUUGGCUCGGAAUUUCUAUUUGGUAGGAAGGCUCAAUACUUGCAGGGGGCUGAUGCUGGAUUCAUUCCGGAGCGCUGUAAGAUCUAUGUGGAGGUUGACUGGAACCGUGGAGGUACAACCAAGGGGUGACCGUUUUCUGUUUACAUUCACCCAUGACAGGGAUGUUGCUAGAGUAAAGAAGGGAGGACCGUGGGGCUUCCAACGUGCCAUGAUUCUCCUGAAUGACUACGAUGGGUUUUCGGAGCUCUCUGCAGUGAGGUUGGAUUUUGUUUGGAUCUGGGUUACACUUGAUGGCAUACCUCCAGGUAUUUUGACAGAACCUACCGUCCGGUUGGUUGGUGGCACAAUUGGCGAGGUGCUGGAGGUGGAUCGUCCGGCGCUGCGUAGGGGCGAUGCUCGGGUUAGGCUUGUUCUAUCUAUCCAUGAUCCGGUGCGUCUCGACCGUAGGGUUAGGGUUUCUCCCUCUGACGUCCUAACCGUAAGAUUCAGGUAUGAAAGGCUCCUUGGGCGCUGCCACUCCUGUGCUAUGCUGAAUCAUGGUGGCCAACGAUGCCCUAGGGUGGACGAGUUGGCAGCUGAUGCUGGGGCGGAGCAGGGAUCACAAACGGCUGGUGGACCGAUCGUUCCAGCCCUUGUCUUUAGGGCAAACGUUCAGCCCUCCAUCUCUUCUCCAUUGAUCUCUACUUUCAAGGUCCCUGGCUUGUCGAAGAAGAAACCGGUACAGAUUCGUGAGCUUCCUGCGCUUGCGUUGUCUGGUACUGAGGGUACUUCCACCCAAACUCAAGUGGUGGGGAUGCGCCGGCCCAGGGCUGAGGAUGCUCCUGCGGAUGGUAAGCAAGCCAAGCAUGGCUUGGCUUUGGAGCCGGUAACCCUGCAACCGGAAAAUCUUGGGUUCGAGUUUUCUGAUGCAGGUUUGGUAGGUGGGAAGUUGUCUCAAGGCCCUAAGGUCUACAAGAAGAAGGGCAUGCCUCGGGGUUCGCGAAACAAAGUCAGAGCGACAUCGGUGUCAGCCACCGUGGAUGACUCUGGGUCUAUGGAGUCGGGGCCCUUUGAUGGUGGUUCUAUUGGCAUGCCUGAGAAGCCUAAUGGGCUGGCUGAGCCUGUUUCCCAGUCCGAGUAGGAGACGAGCCCUUCCAUCUUCGAGCGAGUGACGUGUCUUGCUUGAUGGCGGCGAUGUACACCAAGUAGGGUCUUAGGCGUCAAAGCGGUCAAGGAAGUGUCUCGUGCUCGAUGAUGUAGGAUCUCGCAGUUUUGUUUUGUUCUUUAUUUGCUUUGGCUAGUAGUUUUCUUUGAAUUUUAGUUUUUUUGGAUUUCCUUUUGGUUUCAGAACUCUUAUGA